AUGAAGCUUGGCCUCCUUCAGGGCCUUGCCCUGGGGGCAGCGAUGAAGAGUCGCGAGAUCCAAGACCUGAAGCAACUUUUAGGCCUGGCGUCUUCUGCACUGCCGCUGGAGCCGCUGGUGCUGUCCCUUGUGGUGCAGAAUGCAACCCCCGAGCUGAAAACUAUCGCGGAGGACAUGCUGAAAGUGGUGGACUCGCAAAUGAAGGCGGAAGUCGAGAAAGGCGUCCAGGCAGCACAGCAGCAGAUUGACAGCAACAUGAAGGCAUUUGAUGACUGCGCGGCUGACGCCCUUGCUGCGGGGGAGAGCCAUUUGAAGACUUUCAAUAGCCAAAGGGACCUUCACCUGGCCUGCCGCAAGGACGAGUCUGCCGCGUGGAGCGUCAGCGAGCUGUGCAAGAAGGAGCUGGAGCCGGGGAGCCGCCUCAAGACCUCGGAGUGCGGAACCGUGACCUCCAUCGAGUCCCAGUCCAGUGCGCUGCCUGGCACUUGCGCAGCCCAGACGAGCGAGAGCUACGAGACCCAGCUGAAGCGCAUGCAGCAGUUCAUCGAGGGCAGCCUCGCUUCCUUCAUGGACCAGAAGGAAAAAUGCUCGAAUGCCACCGCAGCACUAGCGACCAAGCAGAAGGAGUGUGACAACAAGGCGGCUGCACACACUGCGAAGCGAGAGGGAUGCAACCGCGAGCAAGAUACCAUGGACAGUGCCUCUUGCUCACAGCACGCAGCCAUGACGACGGCCUGCAAUGUUUGCUAUGCUGCAGCGAAGGUGGGCUAUGAGAGGAGCCUUGACACGCUAAAAGCGCAGCAGAAUGGUUUUCAGCAGGAGUGGAAUGCGAUCAUGAAGAUCAGGUGCCUGCUGGAAAGCUUUGCAAAGGAGGAUAAAGACAAGAAAAGCCACAUCCACUCCUGCAGCAACACAGAAUACGAUGGUAAUGGAGGGCUCACUUUAAACUUUCCGUCCAUCCCGGCGCAGAACUGUCAGCUUCCUACAGAUACAGCAGCCAGCGCCGGCUACCAGAGCCGUGUACACAAUGUGCUGCCGGCAGAUGCUCCUGCUAAGACUUGUGCGGCAGACUGCUGCUUUGUCUCCACCACCACUACCACAAGCACGACUACCACGACGAGCACGUCUGUAGGGGGCUGGGUGAAGUGUGGCACCACGCCAGUGACCAGGGACACCUUGAAGAAGUGUCCGCAGGGAGCGGGCGCCAAGUGGCGGCUGCAGCAAGUGGGCGGCGAUGUUUGCGCGGAGUCGACGAACUGGGAGUAUCCCAAUGACAACGCGGACAAGAGUCUGGGCUUCUACAUGGAUACUUUCACCAGUUCGGGCUGGAUAGGCCCAAGCACGGCAGGUGACCAGGGGUGUGGCAGCUCGUCCCAAGCAUGGGCCGUUUGCAAUGCAACCCCAUGCCUGUGGCCACCCCAAAUCAACUCCAACGGUGUGAGCUGGAACACCGCAACAAGCUGGUCGGCGUACGCAGCGGGUGGUAGUGAACUUGAUAUAUUUUAUUGGGCGUGA